AUUCGCUCCGGUGAACCGGAUUCUCUCAGAGAUUCAUUCGCUCCGGUGAAUCGGAUUCUCUCAGAGAUUCAUUCGCUCCGGUGAAUCGGAUUCUCUCAGAGAGUCGUAGCGCUGCAGCUGUGUCUGAGCUCUGGAUCGCUGGAUGCGGAGCGGGGGCUGAAGCGAUGAUGGCGGCGGCGCUGGAGAGAGGAGGGCUGCGGGCCGCUCUCAUGAACCCCGGCGGCGGAGCGGCUCCCACAGCGGCGGCCGGAUCGGUGCUCUGGAGCUCCGCGGGGCCCGGAUCCGUGCCCGUCCCCAUGAACCUCUUCGCCACCUGGGAGAUAGACCGCUCCUCUCCGAGCUGCGUGCCCCGGCUGUGCAGUGUGACGCUGAAGAGGCUGAUCGUGCUGAAGGAGCUGGACAAGGAUUUGAACUCGGUGCUCAUCGCUGUGAAGAUUCAGGGCUCCAAGCGAGUGUUGCGGUCUAACGAGUAUGCGCUUCCUCCCAGCGGCCUGAUGGACACAGAGCUGGAGCUCACUUUCUCUCUGCAGUAUCCUCACUUCCUGAAGAGAGACGCCAACCGCCUGCAGAUAAUGCUGCAGAGAAGAAAACGCUACAAAAACAGAACCAUUCUGGGCUACAAGACGCUGGCGCUCGGAGUCAUCAACAUGGCCGAGGUGCUGCAGCAUCCCACAGACGGUGGACAGAUUCUGGGUCUCCAUAGCAACAUGAAGGAAGCGCUGACACGUGUAGCUGAGAUUAGCGUGUUCUCACUGUCCAGUCAACCCAUCGACAACGAGUACAGCAGCGGCCAGCCUGGAGCCAAGAGCAAAGCCUCGGAUCGGUCUCCUGACAUGGAUAAUUACUCAGAGGAUGAUGAUGACAGUUAUUCAUCAGGGCAGGAGGGCAGUGAUGAUGCUGGACACACACAGGAUUUGUACGAUGAAGAUGAUGACAUACGAAAGCCAAAAAAACCCAGACGGAAAAUGAUCCGAUCGGUCUCAAUGACACGACAACCCAACUUCAAGCAGAAGUUUGUGGCCUUACUGAAGAGAUUCAAAGUCACAGAUGAGGUUCUGGACUCAGACCCGGUGGAUCAGACGCAGGAGGUGGAGGAGGAUCUGGAUCUGCUGUAUGACAGUCUGGAGGUGUUUAAUCAGAGCGACAGCGGCCCGGAGCUGGAGGACAACGAGAGCGUCCUGAGCACCCCGAAACCCAAACUCAAGCCGUUUUUUGAGGGCAUGUCUCACUCCAGUUCUCAAACAGAGAUCGGCAGCGUUUACAGUCACAAUCUCCACCGAGAUGAAACGUCCAACAUGGCUGCUGACUUCCUGUCGGUGGAGCGCUGUAAGACGACCAGCUCGCAGCAGCAGGAGGACUGCAAUAUGGAGACCAGCGGGGGGGAGGCUGAUGCAGAGCAUCAUGGGAUAGUGAUGGCAGGUGUGUCCGGUGGGAAACUCUGCAAGACUGAGUCCCAGAGUCACAGCAGUCCCAGUAAAGCGGAGAGCAGGGUCCCGCGGUACGCUCGCAGCACAUCCAUGAAGGACAGACAGAUCUCCCGAGCUCAGAGCGAGCGCACCAUCAGCGUGGACAGCGAGUGUUCGCCCGACAGCCGCUUCAGCACUCAGGUGCCCAGGAAAUCUGUGUAUGAUCAGCUGAAUCAGAUCCUGAUCUCAGACGAGAGACUGCCAGAGAACAUCAUCCUCAUCAACACAGUGGACUGGCAGGGCCAGUAUGUGGAGGAGGUCCUGCAGAAACAUGCUCAGCCCAUCGUGUCCACCUGCUCCGCCGCUGACGUCCAGGCCGCAUUUAACACCAUCGUCACACGCAUUCAGAGAUUCUGUAACUGUAACGCUCAGACUCCGCCCACAGUAAAGGUGGCAGUGGCAGGUGAUCAGAGCUAUCUCAGUACAGUGCUUCGCUUCUUCGUAGAGCAGCUGGCCAACAAGACGCCUGAUUGGCUGAGCUACAUCCGCUUCCUCAUCAUCCCCAUCGGUUCCCAUCCUCUGGCCAAGUAUGUGUCGACGUUCGACAGUAGGUUCUGCAGUAUGUUCAUGGAUCCGUCCUGGAGAGAGCUGUUCUGCCGCUCAGAUUCUCCCAGCGCAGACACUGUUGAUGUAGCUGGACGGAUCAUCCAGUAUCUGUCUGGAGCGAAUGUGUCUCAUCAGUUUCCCAUCUCUGAAGCCAUGCUCACCUACAGACAGAAGAGGAGGAGAAGUCUGUAUUUUGAUUUUUACAUCAGUCCUGAUGAAGAUUCCUGCCAAACGUUUGUGCCAUUUAUCGGGGUGGUGAAGGUGGGGAUCGUUGAACACAGUCUGUCCACAUCAGUAGAUUCUGAUGAUGCUAUUGGUGGGAAUGUGGGCGUGGUUUCCUCUCCCGUGCCGCAGUUGGCCACGCCCUACGGGAAAGAGACAUGUGUGACUCCGCCCCUGUCACCCUCGGCGUGUGCGGUUUUCACUGGCGUAGGUUCUCCGUGCACAGGUGGAGAGCUGAUGGGGCUGCAGGUGGACUACUGGACGUGUCCGAGCGGAGAGAAGAAGCGUGAGGGGGAGAAGCGUGACGUGGGUCUGAAGAACACACUGAAGAGUAACUUCCGCUCGCUGCAGGUCAGCCGUCUGCCCAGCGGUGGAGACCCCAGCGCUCCUCACAGCAUGGCCAUGACCGUCGUCACCAAAGAGAAGAACAAGAAAGGGAUUUUUCUGAGUAAGAAGCUGAAGGAGAAGGACGUGGAUUCUAAGAGUCAGGUGAUCGACGGCAUCAGCCGGCUCAUCUGUGCGGCCAAACACCAGCACACCAUGCUCCGAGUCUGCAUCGACGGCGUGGAGUGGAACGAUGUGAAGUUCUUCCAGCUGGCCGCGCAGUGGCCGACUCACGUCAAGCACUUCCCGGUCGCCGUGUUCGGACACAGCAGACCCCUGUGACGGCCGGCACACUGCCACACUCUGCUCUCACACACUCAUUGUGCACUAAACAUACUAACAAUGAUUCUUUAGUACUUCUUAAGAGAAGCAUAAGAUAUUUUGGGACACCAUGAAUAUGAACUCAAAUGCACUUUUAAAAAGCACACUAUCUCUCACUCACUAGAAGAUUAGUGCGUGAGGAUACUUUCAGUACUUUACACAAGUGUACUUUUUUCUCUUCACCUGGGGUCCAGUGAGGAGUUCCCGUGGAAACCUGCGCCUCUGGUUGGUUAUUAUGAGCGUGUUUUCAUUUUGACACGAUAAACAGAACAGCUCAUAUUUCUGUGACCACGGCUGUCAUCGGUCAGAGAUGUUCAGGUGCUGAUCAACCGUACGGCGACGGAUGGCAAAGCACCUUCUGCUGAUUCUGCUACUUUAUAGUUUCUGUGAAAUCCUGUGUAGGAUGCCGUCAGGUGCAUGAUGGGAAGACACUGAACAGCGCUGUGUUUCUCAAAAGCGUCACGAGCUCAAGUCCAUCGCAGACCCACAGAAACCAGCGGCGCUGUGAUCAGUUUAGUGGAUUUCUUUACCCUAAUAUAAACGUGUGGUGUUUUGUCGUUACACAGUGAAUCUGAAACCUUUCACAGCAGAUGAACCGCGAAACUCUUCACAGACGCCUCUGUUUGAGGAGCUGAGUAAUGACUGAACGUGAGGCUGAGGGAAGGUUUACUCUGAAGCCGUCCGUCUCAUUGAUGCAGGGCUUCUGCAGGUUCAUGAAGGUCAGAUCAAGAUAGUUUUAGACUAAUAAAUCAAGAAAAUGUAAGGGAUCAAUUGAAUGGUUUCUGAAUGUUAAUAUCCCAUUUUAGCAAUGCUUCAGAGUUUGAAAACACAACUUCCAACAGAUCAUCAUUACUUUUUAAUUCAGUAAAAACCCGUACCUCCUGAUCGUCACGCUGUAGAGUGCUUUCAUGUCUUGUUUUCCAGAACAAACAUCUGAAGAUUCGUAAAUUAAGAUCAGAUGCUAAAUUAAACAAGUGCGUUCAGAAAAACCAGCUUCAUCCAAAGAGAAAACAAGUGUCCGUUCCCCGUUGACAUCAUUGUUCUUUUUAUUAUUAUCAACUCACUUGUUUGUCAGAAAACAAGACUUUAUCUUGAUUUCACGUCUCCAGUAAAUGUAGCUUGAUUUAAAAAUGUUUUCAUGUACAUUCAGGAAAUCAGGA